GGUCGCACGCCGCUGCCGGGGCGUGGUGGGGGCAUCACACACACCCUCACCCACACGCCCACCCGCAUCCGCAUCCGCAUCCGCAUCCUGCCAUGCAGCACCACCAUCAGCAACAGCAGCAUCAACAACAGCAGCAACAGCAGCAGCAACAACAGCAGCACCUGCAAGAGCAGGAGCAGCUACAGCAGUCCUCGCAGCAUCUGCAUCAACUGCAUCAUCACGCGCACCACCACCUGCCUCAGCCCCAGCCUCUCCACACCGCCAGUCUCCACCAGAGCGCGCAUUCCCACCUGCAGCAGCACUCGGUUGUCUCCUCCGCGUCGGUUGCGUUGUCCACUCCAUCAUCUGUUCUGCAACAGCAACAGCAACAGCAACAGCAGACUACGCCCACUACACAUUCCACGCCCACGCAUGCCGUCAUGUACGAGGAUCCCCCACCUGUGCCAAUCGCCGCCGUGCAGCAGCAGACGGCUCUCCAGCAUCUUCCCGCUCCUCAACAACAACAACAACAACAGCACCAACAGCAGCAACAACAACAACAGCAGCAGCAACAACAGUUGGCAACAACACCGGUGGCUGUCACUCUCAGCCCUGCCCAGACACCCACUGGAAGCUCCGCCCAACAGCAUCAACAGCAACAGCCCCAACAGCAUCUCACAUCUCCCCACCAUCAGCAAAUGCCCCAGCAGCAGCAGCAGCAGACACCGAACAGCGUACCCAGUGGCGCCUCGUCAGGUCUCCAACAGCAGCAGCAGCAGAAUGCUGUGGUCACAUCUGGGCAGGCCCAAAUUGUGGCGCCGAGCACGGCGAGCGUUUCUCCCUCCAGUGUUAGUUCCCAGAAGGAAGACAUCAAUAUGUCCAUCCAAUUAGCGCCACUUCAUAUACCCGCCAUCCGGCCCGGUCCUGGCUUCGAGACGGAUGCCUCGGUGGCUGUUAAGCGGCACGCGGCCCCCUGGCCCUACAACGACGACGGCUUCAACCAGUACCACGCCUCUGCCUCGCAAUACUAUAUGGAACAGCGCGACCGCAAGCCCAUGUUCCCCUACUACCCAGAUACCCAGUUUCAGCCAUACUGGGCCAACUACCGUGAUCAGCCGACCUCCGCCGCAGCAGCGGCCUACAUGAGCGCCAGCGACGACCGCCAUGUGACGGUGAGCGCGGCGGCUGCGGCGCGACAAUCGGUGGAGGGAACCUCGCAGUCCAGCUACGAAACGCCCACCUACUCGUCCCCAGGGGGACUGCGCGGAUACCCGGGCGAGGCGUACUCGAGCACAGGAGCCUCCGGAGGGGUAUCGGUGGGAGCUGUGGGUCCUUGCACGCCGACCUUGCACGAGUGGACCGGCGCGGUGUCGGUGCGGAAAAAGCGAAAGCCCUACUCGAAAUUCCAGACGUUGGAGCUGGAGAAGGAGUUCCUGUUCAACGCGUACGUGUCUAAGCAAAAGCGCUGGGAGCUGGCCAGAAACUUGCAGUUGACCGAGCGUCAGGUCAAGAUAUGGUUCCAGAAUCGACGCAUGAAGAACAAGAAGAACUCGCAGCGGCAGGCUAAUCAGCAGAACAACAACAACAACUCCAGCAGCAAUCACAACCACUCGCAGACGGCUCAGCAGCACCACAACAACCAUCACCUGAACCUGGGUCUGAGCAUGGGCCACCACGCCACCAAGAUGCACCAGUGACCUUUGGACAACAGCAGCGCCGGCACCAUGGGCUUCCCCACCUACUAGCAGUUAGCCAACCCGAGUCCGAACCCUCAAAUGAAUCCCAAUCCGAACCCGGCUCUCGAACCGAACGCCCAUCUAAUCAAGAACGAGCUGGCCUUGGACUUUCCAUGUUAGCCGACAUGUUAGACUCGGCCAACUUUGAGGAAAUUCGGUAAAAUCUACAAAACACCUGAGCUCUUUCUAGCCAGGACGGCAAGGGAUGGGAAGGGACGGGAAGCGAUCUGGGUCUGGGUGUGGAGAAGGUAGCCCUGGAAUGAGCUGGCGUCGCUGUUUACCAAAGCAGGGCGGCCCCAAGGAAAUGAAAAGAUAAUACCUUAAAUGAAAUGCAUAUAAUUAAUAAGUCAGUUCUUAGAGAUCCAUUAUUGAGCAGACACAACUGUCAAGAACGACACAACCAUUCAGAACAGAUACCCAUUUGCAGAUAGACGAUAACGGCAGCUUAGUUCAGUAGUUGAAUAUAGAUACGAGCAGGUAGCGAGGUGCAGCAGGCGGUAUACAUAGAUGGAGAUGCAGAAAAAGAUACACUUAAAAUUUGCAAUUUGUAUGGAAAUAUAUAUAUGUAUGAACGUAUGUAUGUAUUUCUAUCAAGGCUCUCAUUAACCUAAGCGAGCAUUAUGAAUUUUCAGAUCUAUAAAUAUGAAUAUACUUAAACAUCAGUGAAUAUUACCCCUAUAAAUUACGAAUAACAAGCGUUCGAGUAGUAGAUUUUACCAUAUUUAUCUUUGUAAGUGCAGCUAGAUUGCAGCUGAAUUAGGUUGAGCACAUCUUAGACCCAGAAAAUGUUCUUGAAACAAGCAAAAAUUGUUUAACAAUUGUCAGUCGCCUCACCCAUCAAUCCCUUCACCCCACUACACGGACACACUCGCAUUCACACUCUCAGUCAGACACUUGCCCAUACCCAGAUAGAUUAUGGCCACAAUUUAGGAUCAAUUUUGUCGUAUAAUGUUCGUUGUGUCGUGUCCCUUGAUACCUUCUAAGUUCCUGUACAUAAACUAAGACAUUGAGAACUACUAUAUGAAAAGCAUACACAAGAAUAUUAAAUGUGUAUAAUGAAAUUCGGAUUCGAUUUUAGCAAAUGGUAACCUCGUAAGAUUUCGAUGUGUGCAUGUUUACUAUAUAGUUGAAGUCGCUUUCGAUCCAACGUAACUUUAAAGCAAAGAAAACUACUCGUAAAGCUAAAGAAACAAAAAGGAAACUUAAGAGAAAAGAAGAAUACAAUUUACUGAAGUAAGCAAGUGUGACAGCGGAGGCCAGGACCCACAGAUUUGAUAUGGAGAUGGAGGGGGCGCAGUUGAGGAGGAAGUAAAUUAGCAUACAGUAACAGCUACUUAUAUAACUAAAUAUAGUACUAUAAUACACGUACAUAUGCACACAUAUAUUUUCAUGUGUAUCGACUCCGCUUGAUCCUGAUAUUAAGUCUAAGUUUAGUUGUGUUGUGUAAUUAUCGAUUUUUGUUAAUGUUUUGCCCCGAGCAUUAUAUUCGUAUGCUUAACCUAAACCUAAACCUAUACCGAUACCUAUACCUUUACCUAUGUACGCCUCUCAUUAGAUAUGUAUAAUUAUUCCUAUACAUACUUGAUGAAGAUGAUUUCACAAACUGCUUUAUAUUCAUGUUCUUGUAUUAUUAUUUCAAAACCCUCGAUAAGUUGUAGUCUAAAGUCGGUUAUGUUUAUGAUUAUGUUCGAUUAUAGUUUGUUUAGUGAAUUUUAAUAUAGAAUUAGCAAUUCUCUUUUUUAAAAAGUUAAUUAUUGUGAAUAAAAUACAACAAGUUGCAAAAGUGCAAAAUAUACACACAAUUCAAAAGUA